UAUAUAUAUAUAUAUAUAUAUAUGCCUCUGUUCUGAAAUAUUAUGGUACGAAGGACUCAUGAUAUGAUGUCCAAUCUACUAGAGGCAAUGUAUAUAUCCUCGGCAUCUCCCGUCUCCACACUAUUGAUUUAUGAUCACAUAGCCGAGACCGGCUCCUUUAAAGGCAUAUUUCCACUACAAGCAACGUGGUUCAGUCUGAUAUAUUCAAAGUAAUACCAAGGCUAAACAAUACGAGUAGUACCAAACACAUCCACAAUCGCAAACAUGACCACCGGCGAAUUCUAUAACAUCGUGAAGCUCGUGCCCAAGCCGGGCAAGUUCAACGAGCUUCUGGCAGCGUUCAAAUCAUUCUCAGAGCAUGUCCAGGCAAAUGAACCCAAGACGCAAAUCUACUGUGCUCUUCGUCCUGACAAGACCGAGGAGUUGGUGUUUAUUGAGAAGUAUACCGACUUGGAAAACCUGAAGGCCCAUGGAACGUCCCCUGAGUUCAAGAAGUUCUCUAAGGCCAUUGGAGCUUUGCUCGCACGGGCUCCGGAGAUGACGAAAGCUGACUUUGUUGGUGGGUUCGAGGGAAGAUCGAAGCUUUAAGAGUACUUAGAGUUUGCUUGAGCAUUUUGAAUUGACUGAGUAUGAUCAGUUGUAUGGUAGUCAAGAUGAUGGGUGGUUGAUGGGAACCGCUACUACUUGAGUUGCGUCUUUCGAGAUAUACACUAAUCUUUUGAUUUAUGCCUAUGGUACAACGGAGAGCGCAGAGGAUCAUUGGAACGCAAAUAUAUGUGCAGAUACUAUCACGGGUACUCGUAUGGGAAGAUCGUACUGCAUGUGGAUAUAUACAGUGUAUUAAAUCUCUGCAGUUGGAUACUCUAU